GCCAGUGAGGAGUUGUCAAUUCUGCCGUCAUCUGGAAAAACAACAAUCCAACACAGUAAAUCGUGAAAAUGAGUGCGCUAUUCAACUUCCAAAGCCUGCUUUCGGUUCUCCUGCUCCUGAUCUGCACUUGCACAUAUUUGCGGUCGAUUUUCCCGAGCAUAAUCGACAGGAAUAAAACCGGGGUCUUGGGCAUCUUCUGGAAGCUGGCGCGGAUCGGCGAGCGCAAAUCUCCGUACGUCGGCGUGGCGUGUGUCUUCAUGGCGAUAUCAAUUCUCUGUUUAUCAUAAGAUAUUCUUGUAAAU